AUGGCUAGCUCCGCCCCAACCCAAAAGUGGAGUGGAGUGGGAGUGGGUUCAGAGGACCGCCAAAAACCGGGCUCUGGAGUCGCAGGACAGGAAGGAGCCGCGCUAGCAACUCCAAGGCUCCCCCGGAAGCACCACUCACGCGGCAGUCACGUGACGGGCGCUGGGCGGGGCCACGCAGCGGCGGCGGCGGCGCUGCCCGCGGCGGCCCCGGGUCCCGGGCGGGUGUACGGGCGCCGCUGGCUGGUGCUGCUGCUCUUCUCGCUGCUGGGCUUCGCGCAGGGCCUGGUCUGGAACACCUGGGGCCCCAUCCAGAACUCGGCGCGCCAGGCCUAUGGCUUCUCCAGCUGGGACAUCGCGCUGCUCGUGCUGUGGGGACCCAUCGGCUUCCUGCCCUGCUUCGCGUUCAUGUGGCUCCUGGACAAGAGAGGUCUUCGGGUAACAGUGCUUCUGACAUCCUUCCUUAUGGUUUUGGGAACUGGUCUAAGGUGCAUACCUGUAUCAGACUUAAUGCUUAAAAGAAGACUAAUCCAUGGAGGACAGUUGUUAAAUGGAUUGGCAGGUCCAACAGUAAUGAACGCAGCCCCGUUCCUCUCUACGACGUGGUUUUCUGCAGAUGAACGGGCCACCGCCACAGCCAUUGCGUCAAUGCUCAGUUACCUUGGUGGAGCAUGCGCAUUUUUAGUUGGGCCACUGGUCGUUCCAGCCCCCAAUGGGACAUCGCCUCUUCUUGCUUCAGAGACGAGCAGGACCCACAUUAAAGAUCUCAUAGAGGCUGUAUUGUAUGCAGAAUUUGGAGUUGUCUGCUUACUAUUUUCUGCAACAUUAGUUUAUUUCCCACCCCGGCCUCCACUUCCUCCCAGUGUUGCUGCAGCUAGCCAGCGGCUGAGUUAUCGGCGGAGCUUUUGUAGAUUAUUAAGCAACAUGAGAUUUUUGAUGAUUGCUUUAGCAUAUGCCAUACCACUUGGUGUAUUUGCUGGUUGGUCUGGAGUUCUGGACUUAAUUUUAACACCAGUGCAUGUCAGCCAAUGUCUUCCAGAGUUGUCUUGGUUCAACUGGUGCCUUCCCGGGUCGUGUUUGCUCAGUCUCCUCCUCAUUCUGUGCUUCAGGGAAUCGUAUGACAGACUGUAUCUUGAUGUGGUUGUCUCAGUAUAAUGGCACGAACGUGAAGGAGUUUAAAAAGGGACUGGAAAUCAUACUGCAUACUGCACAUUUGCUUGGAGUUGCACACCUAACGGGAAAAACAAAAGGAGAAGAGAGAAACUUCACUCAGAGGUUUUGUUAGGUUACAGAUGAUCCCAUUCAUUUCAUGACUACUAGGUAAUAAUAAUGUGGGACUUAGGGAUACUAGGGGAUUGAAAGACUAUACAAUGGCACACCUGUGCCUGGUUCCGGGGUCGGAAGUGUGGAUAUCUUACACGUAAAGCACUACCUAAAUAAUGUCCUCUAUGUUUUGUGCCAGUGCUGAACUACUGAUUGAUCAUUUGUAAUUAUGGAAAGAAAGAAAGGGUAUUUGUCACAUACCUUACCUAAGUCACAUAUCAGAGUAGGAAGAAAUGCCACUAACUUCUAAAGAAGUUUAAACCCUCUAUCAGAUUUUAAUUAUAAAAUAGCCAAGAGGUCUAUCGAUGAUCAAAAUUAGCCACGUGUACACUACGUUUUUUCUAAUAAAGCCAUUUCUUAUAUGACUCCUUAUUUUUAAUUAGGUCAGAAACCUUUGGCCAUCUUUAUUAUGGUGAACAAGUGCUUCCCACUGACUUCAGAGCACAUACUUUGUGUCUCGAUCUCAACUUAUCCUUGUUUCUGUGAAAUACAAUUUCAUCUACUAGGCUCUUAAAUAAUUAUAUUAAAGGUGACUAAAUGUUCGGUAUAGUCGCAUUAAAUACUGUAUGAAAAAUGUAAUUCCGUACUGAUUUAGCACUUUGUUAAAAGUGAAAUGACAAAUCACAUAGAACAUUCUGUGUCUUCAUUCUAUAUAUAUAUAUAUAUAUAUAUGUAUAUGUAUAUAUAUAUAUGGUGGCAUGGGAUGUAAAGUCCAGUAAAGUCCAGCACCAGCUAUUAUUUGCUAGGGUUGCAGUUUAUUAAAUGACCCUUGUUUGAAAAUAACAAUUUCUAAUGUUGAAACUUCCAAAUCUGUUGAGUGGUUUCUGGAUUACAUUCUUGUAUUUCAAUUCAGGUUGUAAAAUACUCAAUUCUGUAUGGAGUCCGUACAUUUGAGAAGGCGAUCUUUUGCCAGUACCUGUUUUCUUUGUAUGGAUGAUAGUUUUUUUAAAAAUGACAGUUACUCAUUGGACAGCUCUCAGACAUAUAUUUCACUGUGACAUAAAAUAUGCUCCAAUGGGAUUAUGAUACUACCACUGUUCACAUUUACAUCAUUCCCCUUACCCAGGAAACCCACACAUUUUCCCAGAAAGACAAGAACAAUACUUUCUUUGCCUUCAUUAUUCUCAGCUUCCUUCAACCCCCUCUCUUUUUUUUUCCUCCCUUGAAAUUAUAUCUUCAUUGUCAGCUAAAUACAUUUUUAUUUGUCUUUCUCUGGACAGAGUGCAAGCCAACUCCUCUCUUAGCCUUGGUGGUAGAAUGUGGUUAAAGAGAGCUAGUUAGCCCUCCGCUCUGCUCAUCUCACCACGUGUGCACACACCCUCACACACAGUCCCAAAUGCUCCCCCUUCUCCCCCUUCAGUUGUGGGAGUUGUGGGAACUCACCCCGGUCUCAGAGGGGAUCUAAGCCUUCUUCUGAGAUCCUAAAUUGUGCUCCUUGAAAAGUAAGAAAUUCAGCCUCUGUCUUCCAUCACCUUUAAAUCAGCCCCUUUAUAACCAUCCUGCUAACUUAGCAUCGAGAACUGAAGGAACUAAGGAACCUGCUAAAGAGAAGAAAGCUAAGGAACUUGCUAAGAGAAGAAAGCUAAGUAGUUCCAGUUAACUCUGUCACUCUUCAAUAAAAGGAAAGCAGGAUUCUUGAAGAUGAUUGAAAGCCAGCCACUAUGGAUAUUAGCAGUCCAUGAGCCGGUGCUAAACUAACCCCCAGCCCUUCCUUUUUGGAUAGAAGACAGAAAGGAGAGGGAAGAGUUAGGAAGUAUUUGGUUUUAGUCAGAACUAUUGUGUUUGAGGACACUGUAUAUGAAAUUUUGCUAUAAUAAGACAUGAAGUAGAACAUUUUAAUUAUAGUUAAUUCUACUUUUAAGACAAAGUAAAGAAAAACACUUUAAAAAUAUUACCUAAAUGACUAGUUUAAUGACAUCCCAUGUGGGUAGUGAUGAAAAAUUCCUACAUUGUACCAGACACCAACCAUUGUUUUUAGCACACAUGAAAUGAGAUGAGUCCUUCCGUCUAGUUUAUUCUCUCUGCUUACCCCUCUGGCAGACGCUUGUUCUAAUCACAAACUGCAACUGUUUUAAGUCAUCAAAAUUUCAUAUACCAAACCUGAUAGAACCAAAGGGGAGAGAGGACUACACAUUAUUCAUUUCCCUGAAUAUUUCAAGUCAUAUGCAUUUUUUACUUGUUAUUUCUAGCAUGCAUCACAAUAGACCAGCUGUUGUCUUUGUACUUUCUAAACAAACAUUACAGAGUCCCAAUGAAAUUUUAUAACGAAAGAAGUCUGAACGCUCUACUAAGCAAGCCCCUAAUUUUAGAAUUUAUA